UUCUCUCUCUUGCGUUGUCUUGCAUAUUUCUCACCCCCAGCCCUCGUUGCUGUGGCUUAUUCACUUCGGUGUGUCACCCACGCAUUGCUCCGACUCCAUCUCCAGAAGGGGGAAGGGGGGUGCUGGGUAUAUGCGUUUGUGACGAAUCCCAGGGCUUCAAAGACUGAAACCAGGUCCAGCACCCGGACCGUAGACACACCGGCAAGGACACUCCAAACUGGGAUGAACGAUGGAUGCUGCCCAAACGCGCACACUGGAAUCAAGACAACACACCAGGAGCUAUCCUGAUUUUACGCUUUCUUAGACCUUCACUUCACCUGGCGCCUGUGUCGAUCGAAGCCAGCGAAAUUGGAGAAUAACUUGAUUACAAGGCUUUUACAAUUAAUUUGGAUUUAAAAAUAUAGAUUUUGAGAGCAUCUCUUCAGAAACAGGGGGACCUUUGAAUUUGGAUCGACAUACUGUUAAAAUCUACUUGGACUGGAUUUGUAUUCAUUUUACUCAUAGGAACUUUGGAAUAAAGCAGUUUUGAAUUGCAGGUAUUCUCAGACUUGUUCAUUUCAUCAAAAAUAUCUACAUUAGGCUAUAAAUCGGCUACGCGCUCUUGAAAUAAUAAGUACAACGAACUUAUUUGAAUCAAGCUUGUGGAAUUGUUGAUUGUCUCUCGAAAGCAUUGGAGCUUGGAACACGGAAGAUAUGCUUCAAUGGAACUGUUAACUUUUUCAAGAAAUCCUAGAUGGAGGUUUCCCGGUAUGAGGAGGGAAUAACCAGGAAGUCCGAAGUCCUCCGACCAGGAUCUCUGGGAAACAGAAUUUUUUGAAAGUUCCAGGAAUUUUUUAACCCUAAAAGUUCUCCUGAACGUCUGGAUCGACUGACACACACAAUCAUGGACAGAUCACUGGACCUCUGAGUGCAAUCUUCCUCUUUCUCCUCCUCCUUCCUCCUCCUCCUCUUCCUCCUCCUUCCUCCUCCUCCUCCUCUUCCUUCAUCCUUUUACUCCUCCUCCUCUUCCCAUUGAAGGUCCCACCUGGUUGCCAGAAAAUCAGUGAGACAGAAAGACAGAUCAACAAGAGGUUACAAAAAAACAGAGGUUCCAACAAACCCCUCUGGUCUUUUAAUUCAUUUGGUAACCAUGACGCCCACUCUUUCCCCCUCCUUAUAUGGGCACCUGGUGAACCCCCAAGUCCCCCUGCCAUCAUCGUUGAUGCUUCUGCUGCUGAUACAACUGUUUAGUUGGUGCCCGGCUGCUCCCUCAGGGCCUGAGUCAGACACCUGCUCCACUCUGAUUCAGAGCCGAUUCUUCGGCCACUUCCUGUCCUCCUCCACUUUCCCCACGGCACCCUGCUCCUGGACCCUGCAGAACCCUGACCCGCGCCGCUACACCAUCUUUAUCAAGGUAACCAAACCUACCUCCACAACGGACUGCAUUCCCCGGCAGCUCCGCACAUUCCAGUUUGACUCGUUUCUGGAGACCACGCGCACCUACCUGGGCAUGGAGAGUUUCGACGAGGUGGUCAAGCUGUGUGACUCUUCAUCCCCUGUGGCCUUUCUGGAGGCUGGGAAACAGUUCCUACAAAUGAGGAAAGGGCCGCCACGGGCCGGCAUGGAGGUCACCACCCCUAACGCUAGCGAAGAUGGGGAAUUUAAGACAGAGUACCUGGUGGUGGGGAAGCGUAACCCCAGCAUGGCAGCGUGUCAGAUGCUGUGCCAGUGGCUGGAGGACUGCCUGGCAUCCAGCACCUCUAACAGGCCCUGUGGCAUCAUGCAGACCCCCUGCCAGUGCUGGGAGCCUCCUCCUCCUCCACAGCUCAGCGAAGGAGAUGGAUGCUACAGGAAUGGGUUCUACCUGGAGAACUGCCUACCCAGCUCCAAUGAGAAGAGUGAUACUGACAGCAACGGUGGCUGGAGUGUGUGGGCAGAGUGGAAGGAGUGCAGCAGUGACUGUGGUGGUGGCGUUCAGACCCGGAGCCGUACCUGUCAAUCUCCCCCGGAGGAGAUGUGUGAGGGAGUAGUGGAGGAGGGAAGGCCCUGUAACCCUCAGCCCUGCAGUGGCAAAGGCCGUCAUCUCUCUCGCAGCCAAUCACUUCGCUCCGUGGACAGCCGCAAGCGCGAUGGCGGCGGUGGCGAGGUAGACAAGACGCGGGGCGGUGGCGGCGGACAGCAGGCCCCACAGACAGUGGACCAGGCUGCGUCAGGUGAGGAGUGGUCGUCGUGGAGUGUGUGUUCGGCCACGUGUGGUGAGGGCUGGCAGAGCCGCACACGUUUCUGUGUCUCCUCCUCCUACAGCACCCAGUGCAGCGGCACGCUCCGAGAGCAGAGGCCCUGCAACAACUCUGCCGUCUGUCCAGCCGCUCUGAUUGCAGUGCACGGGACUUGGGACGAGUGGUCGCCAUGGAGCUUGUGUUCGUCAACCUGCGGUCGUGGUUACCGGGAUCGCACGCGAAGCUGCAAGCCCCCUCAGUUUGGGGGAGACCCCUGUAUGGGGCCGGAGAAACAGACCAAGUUCUGCAACAUCGCUGUCUGCCCAGUUGAUGGAGUGUGGAAUGAGUGGGCUAAUUGGGGUUCAUGCUCUGCGUCCUGCUCCAACGGGACCAUGCAGCGCAUCAGGGAGUGUAACGGACCUUCGUACGGAGGAUCAGAGUGUCGCGGGGAGUGGAUAGAGACCAGAGACUGCUUCCUACGGGAGUGCCCAGUGGAGGGUAAGUGGCAUCCUUGGACGUCGUGGGUGGGCUGCACCAAGACAUGUGGCGGGGGGAGCCAACAGAGACAGAGGAUUUGCUAUGGGCCCUUCUUUGGGGGUGAAAAUUGUCCUGGAGAUCGGGAGGAGGUGCGCCGCUGCAAUGAGAAGCGGUGUCCAGAGCCUCAUGAGAUCUGUGCAGAAGAGAACUUCUCCAACGUAGUGUGGAAAAUGACUCCAGCAGGGGACACAGCGGCCGUACGCUGCCCUCCCAAUGCCAAUGGGCUGAUCCUGAGGCGGUGCACUCUGGAUGACGAAGGAAUAGCCUACUGGGAGAACCCCACUUAUAUGAAGUGUAUCUCCAAUGACUACCGCAGCAUCCAAACACUGACUCGGGAACACCUGUCCAAGGCCCAGCGGGGGCUUGUGGGGGAUGGAGUUUCAGAGGUGAUGACCAAGCUCAGGGUGACGUCCAGCGAUGGGACCAGCUACAGUGGAGACUUGCUGGCCAUAGUGGACGUACUGAAGAACAUGACAGAGAUCUUCAGAAGGGCCUACAACAGCCCCAGCAAUGCAGACAUGAGAAACUUUGUCCAGUCAGUCAGUAACCUGCUGAUGUUGGGUCCUAACAUCAAGGAGCUGUUCCGGUUGGUGGAAGACUUUGUGGACGUCUACGGUCUUAGAAUGAAAGACUUCCAGGACAUGGUUGAGGUCACCGAUAACUUAGUUCUGUCCAUCCACAAGCGUCCGGUGGCAGGUAAUGCAGACAUCAGCUUCCCUAUGAAGGGCUGGAAGGGGAUGAUGGACUGGGCCCGCAGCUCUGAGGACAGAGUUACUGUCUCCAAGAACAUCCUCUCCACAGGCAAGCCAGAUGCAGAUGACUUGUCAGCGUUUGUCACCGGGAUCGUUCUCUACAGAAACCUGGGCAGCAUCCUAUCUUUACAGAGAAACAGCACCGUGCUCAACUCCAAGGUGGUGUCUGUGACCAUCAAGCCCACCCCAGGAUCCCUCUCUACCCCAGUGGAGGUCCAGUUCUCACACCUUUACAACGGCACCACAAACCAGACCUGCAUCUCCUGGGACGAGAGUGACACGUAA